GGGAAAAGGUAAAAAAUAAAAAUAAAAACGACAUUGGGAGUCAGAACCACCAUUCUUUGUUACCCUCCUCUUCUCUUCUUCUCCAAGAGGUGCCAUGGAGGAAAGAAGGGGGCUUUUAUUUCUCAUUAUAUUGGGUGCUGCUUGGGCUUGUAAUGCAAGAGAGCUAGCUGCAAACACAGCAAACUCUGAAUUAAAGAGAAAACCAGAUGUGUGUGCACUUUGUGAGGAAUAUACUGCUGAGGCACUUGAUUUUCUAAAUGAUAACCAGACCCAGAGUGAGAUCAUUGAUGCCCUUCACAAUAUUUGCUACACGCUGUUCUCUUUCAAGCAUCAGUGCAUAGAAUUGGUGGAUUACUAUGCUCCCCAAUUCUUCUUAGAAAUAGCUUCUGCUCAGCCUGGAGAACUAUGCAAAAGGAUCAACUUCUGUCGAUCUGCAAAUAUUCCUUCACUAGUUCAAGGAAAUAGCUGUGGCUUUUGCAAAGAUGCUGUUUCAGCCUUGCUAGUUAAAUUGAAGGAUCCUGACACUAAGCUAGAGAUAGUGGAGACACUAUUGAAGAUGUGCAAUUCCAUGGAGAAGUUAAAGAAGGAGUGCAAAACGAUGGUUUUCGAGUAUGGACCUUUGUUCCUUGUUAAUGCAGAGAAGUUCCUGAAGACAGCAGAUAUAUGCACUGAAUUACAUGCUUGCCCAGCUCCCACUGUAGUUAGCCAGGAAGCCUCAAUCAUGGAGGAAAAACCCUUGCUUUCUGAUUCUUAAUCAUGGGAGAAGAGUUCUAAAGGAUUUAUUGAGGCUUAUUGCUUUAGUUGUGCUGCUGCUAUAUCUAUUAAAAAAUCAAAGAGCUUGUAUCUAUAUGUGCAGUUGCUCUACAACAGCUACUCUCAUUAAAUGUCAAAGAUUAUAAUUCUGAAAUGCCAACUUUAUAUUAUAUGUAUUUCUUCA